CGGCGGGAGGAGGAAGCGACAGAAUCAGGAACUGGACGGAGAGACAGCGGGGGCUGGGGCCGGAGUGGGGGCAGCGCGGCCACCUCCAGGAGCAGCUCCCAGAGCCGGGCAACACCAUGGGCUUCUCCUCUGAAUUAUGUAGCCCUCAGGGGCAUGGAGCACUGCAAAAGUUGCAGGAGGCUGAGCUUCGACUCUUGGAGGGUAUGAGAAAGUGGAUGGCACAGAGAGUAAAAAGUGACCGGGAGUAUGCAGGGUUGCUACACCACAUGGCUGUACAGGAAGGGGGCAGCCAGGUCCGACACCUAGACCAUGUCAGCCAGAUCAGCCAGUCCUGGGCAGAAAUAACUCGUCAGACUGAAAGCCUAAGCCGGCUUCUCCGGCAGCAUGCUGAAGAUCUGAAUUCAGGCCCCCUGAGCAAACUGAGCAUCCUGAUCCGUGAGCGACAGCAGCUUCGGAAAAGCUACAGUGAACAGUGGCAGCAGCUCCAACAAGACCUCACCAAGAUACACAGCCUAGAUAUCGAGAAGCUGAAAAGUCAGUACCGAGUGCUGGCACGCGACAGCGCUCAAGCCAAGCGCAAAUACCAGGAAGCCAGCAAAGACAAGGACCGAGAUAAGGCCAAGGAUAAGUAUGUUCGGAGCCUCUGGAAACUCUACGCGCAUCACAACCGCUAUGUGCUGGGCGUCCGGGCCGCCCAGCUACACCAUCAACACCACCACCAGCUGCUGCUGCCUGGCCUGCUCCAGUCCCUGCAGGACCUGCAUCAGGAGAUGGCCCUAAUCCUGAAAGAGAUCCUACAGGAGUACAUUGAGAUCAGCAGCCUGGUACAGGAUGAAGUGGUGACCAUCCAUCGGGAGAUUGCCGCUGCUGCAGCCUGCAUCAAUCCCUACACUGAGUACGAAGGCUUUCUUCAGCAAUAUGGAUCAUCACCGAACACCCCUCCUUGUGUGACCUUUGAUGACACUUUGUUGGAGGAAGGUGAACAGCUGGAACCUGGAGAGCUGCAGUUGAAUGAGCUGACGAUAGAGAGUGUACAGCACGCCCUAACUUCAGUGAAUGAGGAGCUGACCACGGCCACAGAAAUGGUGAUGAGCAGGCAACAGGUUGUCACCCAGAUGCAGAGGGAGAUUCAGAGGGAAGAAGAAAGCAUUCACCCAAGGGAGAGAGUACAGCUCCUUGGGAAGCGCCAGGCCUUACAGGAGGCACUGCAGGACCUCCAGAUGGCCUUAUGCAGCCAAGCUAAACUGAAAGCCCAGCAGGACCUGCUGCAGAGCAAGUUGGAGCAGCUGGGCCCUGGGGAGCCACCCCCUGUCCUCGUGCUCCAGGAUGACCAGCAGUCUACCUCCUCCACAGAGCAGGAGCGUGAGGGCGGAAGGACACCCACCUUGGAAAUUCUGAAGAACCAUAUCUCAGGAAUCUUCCGCCCUAAGUUCUCACUCCCUCCACCACUGCAGCUCAUCCCAGAUAUACAGAAGCCUCUGCAGGAUCAGGUGUGGUAUCAUGGUGCCAUCCCACGAACAGAGGUGCAAGAGUUACUAGUGAAUUCUGGGGAUUUUCUCGUGCGAGAAAGCCAAGGAAAACAAGAAUACGUGCUAUCCGUGAUGUGGGAUGGGCAGCCUCGGCAUUUUAUCAUCCAGUCUUCAGAUAACCUGUACCGGCUAGAAGGGGAUGGAUUCCCCAGCAUCCCUUUGCUCAUUGACCACUUACUCCGAUCCCAGCAGCCCCUCACCAAAAAAAGUGGCAUCAGUCUGAACAAGGCAAUCUCCAAGGACAAGUGGGCCCUGAACCAUGAAGACCUGGUGCUAGGUGAAAGAAUUGGACGGGGGAACUUUGGAGAGGUGUUCAGCGGCCGUCUCCGGGCUGACAACACUCUGGUGGCAGUGAAGUCCUGUCGGGAAACUCUCCCACCUGAUCUCAAGGCCAAAUUUCUGCAGGAAGCAAGAAUUUUGAAGCAGUACAGCCACCCCAACAUUGUGCGACUCAUUGGCGUCUGUACCCAGAAACAGCCUAUCUACAUUGUCAUGGAGCUGGUGCAAGGUGGGGACUUCCUGACUUUUCUUCGGACAGAGGGUGCCCGGCUUCGGGUUAAGUUGUUGCUGCAGAUGGUGGGAGAUGCAGCUGCCGGCAUGGAGUACCUGGAGAGCAAGCACUGCAUCCAUCGGGAUUUGGCUGCUCGGAAUUGCUUGGUGACAGAGAAGAAUGUGCUGAAGAUCAGUGAUUUCGGAAUGUCUAGAGAGGGGGCUGAUGGUAUCUAUGCAGCCUCAGGGGGUCUCAGGCAGGUCCCUGUCAAAUGGACUGCACCUGAAGCUCUUAACUAUGGGCGCUACUCCUCUGAGAGUGACGUGUGGAGCUUUGGAAUCUUGCUCUGGGAGACCUUCAGCCUGGGAGCAUCUCCCUACUCCAACCUCAGCAACCAGCAGACUCGGGAGCUUGUAGAAAAGGGGGGGCGCCUGCCCUGCCCAGACCUGUGCCCAGAUGCUGUGUUCCGGUUAAUGGAGCAGUGUUGGGCCUAUGAUCCAAGCCAGCGACCCAGUUUCAGUGCCAUCUACCAGGAGCUACAGGGGAUCCGAAAACGGCAUAGGUGAUGCCAAGAACAGGAACUCUCAUUUCUGCCUCUCUGCCCCUAUCCCCGAGGACAAUACCCUAAUUGGGGGAGCAUGAUCCUCCUCCUUAGCCUCAGCUUUUUCAAAGCCCCAGGGCUGGGGAGCCUGGCAGAUGCCAGCAGGAACCCUGAAUCUGCCUGGUUGGAGCCAACCAUUCCCCCCAGGCCCAUAGUUCUCACUGCCAAAAUCAGUGCAGGGACAUGUUUCUGCAUUGGGUCUGUUCUGUACCCUCACGUGCUCCUAGGGUGCAAGCUGCUUCCUUCUGUGAGAAAUAAUAAAGCUACUUAUCCUUAUUCUGGA